UCCUCUCUCAAUAGGAAGGCUCAGCUCCAAUCUCCUAUGCUACACAAACAAAUAAUAGUCAAAAAUAGCCCAAUUUCAAUUCAAACAGGCUAUUUUAAAAACCAUUAAAUAAUAAAGUGGUAUCUAAUCUUGUAGUUGCCUCGAAAUGGCGAAAAGAGAAUCUGAUGUGCUUUGCCUGUAAAUGCGAUAGCUCUUUGCCUUUGAGGGAAAGAGAAAUAGAAAAAGAAAGAUACUGUGUGCCAAUGAUGCCUUCUUCCCUUUGAACCAAGGCUCCUCUUUACCAAUUCACAAAUUCUGCCACAUCCCGAGAGAAGAGAUUUGGCUUAGUAUAUUUAAAGUUUUCACGUUCAUAGAGGAGAAUGGCUGAUGGAAUAUCAAGCUUCUGGGGUCCUGUUACAUCCACUACUGAGUGUUGCGAGAAGAAUUAUGCUCAUUCUUCUUAUAUUGCAGAAUUUUACAAUACCAUAUCCAAUAUUCCAUGCAUUCUUUUGGCACUCAUUGGCCUUAUAAAUGCCUUGAGGCAGCGAUUUGAGAAGAGAUUUAGUGUUCUUCACAUAUCUAAUAUGAUACUUGCUAUUGGCAGCAUGUUUUUUCAUGCCACAUUGCAACGUGUGCAACAGCAGAGUGAUGAGACCCCAAUGGUAUGGGAGAUGCUUCUGUAUAUGUACAUCCUCUAUUCACCAGAUUGGCAUUACCGCAGUACAAUGCCCACAUUCCUCUUCCUAUAUGGUGCUGUUUUUGCUAUCGUUCACUCAGUGGUACAUUUUGGAAUUGGCUUCAAGGUGCAUUAUGUGAUCCUCUGCCUCCUUUGCAUUCCUCGAAUGUACAAGUACUACAUAUAUACACAAGAUGCUGCUGCCAAGUGGCUAGCGAAGCUGUAUGUGGCUACGCUUUUCAUUGGUAGUUUGUGUUGGCUUUGUGAUCGUAUUUUCUGCAAGAAGAUAUCAAACUGGCCCAUCAACCCACAGGGACAUGCUUUGUGGCAUGUCUUUAUGGGUUUUAAUUCCUACUUCGCAAACACGUUCUUGAUGUUUUGCCGGGCAGAGCAGCGAGGAUGGUCACCAAAGGUUGUCUGUUUUGCCGGUAUUCUUCCGUAUGUGAAGAUUGAGAAACCAAAAGUUCAAUGAAAGAAAAUGAAGCGGAGGUAAAGUUUUUUGUUGUUACUGGAGUUUAAGCAAAUUGAAGCCCAGGGGCACAUUUAUUCAUGAUGAUUGGCAGGUUGAUGAUGCAGGAUCAUUUCUAGCAAGCAUGUGGACUAGCCUAUGCAGCAACUUCAAAUACGCCCUGGCAGCAGAGAAACAACUUAGAAAAGGCUCACUAACUCGGAAUAGCGCACAGGUUUUUACUUUCCGUAAGAAACAGGAGUGGGCGGACUGCUUAGACAAGAAGAAAAAAGGAGAGAUGAAUAUCCAUUCCUGAUUGCCUUUGAUUCUCAUUGGAAUGGGACCUCCUCGGCUUUGCCUUAGAAAUUGGAUACUCUUCUUAUUUCCUACUGAGACAGGCAAGCAACGACUUGCUUCAUCUUAUGGUUUUGGUAUCUGUCUUUCCGUCCAACUGUGUUGUUUGCUUUGGGACCUGUUCCACCUUCAGUUCGAGAUCUUAGGUCGACUGAAGCCAACUAUAUUUAUUGUUUCAUCUUAUGGUAGCCGUCUGUCCGUCCAACUGUUGUCGUUGGCUGUUCUGCCUUCAGUUUGGAUUCUUAUGUUUGGGGUUUUCUCCUUUGAAUUGGCACUGGACUUAAAAACUGGUUAA